AUGAAGCUCAUCGACAAAAUUCCACGAGUGUGCAAAGCAGUACUCAAAGCAAAGGAUGGAUAUUUUGAAGAAUUUCCUCUGAAGAGCACUGAGGUGGAGCUGGAGGUGAGGGACCAUGUGGCUACAGUGGUCUCCACUCUGAACUACGAGAACAAGGAGGACAAACCAUUAGAGGCUGUUUUUGUCUUCCCUCUGCCUGGAGAUGCUGCUGUCUGUCAUUUCAGUGCUCAGACUGGACAGACACAGAUUGUAGCUGAGGUGAAGGAGAAACAGGAGGCUCGUGAGGAGUAUGAUGAUGCUCUGAGCUCCGGUCAGCAGGCCUUCCUAUUGGAGGAGAGUGAUGAGAGUCCAGAUAUAUUCUCUCUGAGUGUGGGCAGUCUGCCUCCAGGAGAGAGCGCCUCCAUCAGGUUGGAGUACGUCACUGAGCUGGCUGUGCAGGCUGAUGAUGGUCUGAGAUUCUGUCUGCCUGCUGUGCUCAACCCUGUAGUGAAGGUGCAGCUGUUUGUCUUUACUGACGAGAGGUGGGGAACACCAAAGAAGUCAUCGAUCUGGUGA